CUCGAACUUGAACUCUUCUCUUCUAUCUAAUCAAAACAAAUGGAGGAUCAUCACCAUCAAAACCAUCCACAGUACGGUAUAGCACAACCAUCUCCUCAUUUCUCCUCUGAUCUCUUCGGCCUCAACCUCGUUUCUGCGCCGGACCAGCACCAUCGUCUUCAUUUCACCGACCAUGAGAUAAGUUUCUUGCCACGUGGUAUACAAGGGCUUACGGUGGCUGGAAACAACAGUAACACUAAUGUAGCGAACACAAGUGGUGUUGGUGGGUUUAGUGGCUUUACGGACGGCGGAGGAACAGGGAGGUGGCCGAGGCAAGAGACGUUGAUGUUGUUGGAGGUCAGAUCUCGUCUUGAUCACAAGUUCAAAGAAGCCAAUCAAAAGGGUCCUCUCUGGGAUGAAGUUUCUAGGAUUAUGUCCGAGGAACAUGGAUACACUAGGAGUGGCAAGAAGUGUAGAGAGAAGUUCGAGAAUCUCUACAAGUACUAUAAAAAGACGAAAGAAGGCAAAGCCGGUCGGCGACAAGAUGGUAAAAACUAUAGAUUUUUCCGGCAGCUUGAAGCGAUAUACGGCGAAUCCAAAGACUCGGUAUCUUGUUAUAACAACUCGCAGUUCAUAAUGACCAAUGCUCUUCAUAGUUUCCACGCUUCGAACCUUCAUAACAGUGUCCCUCAUCAUCACAAGCCCUUGAUGACCAAUACUCAAAGUCAAAGCCUUAGCAUUUCUAACAAUUUCAACUCCUCCUCUGAGUUGGAUCUAACUUCCUCCUCUGAAGGAAACGAAUCUACUAGAAAAGAGGAGAUGAACUGGAAGGAAAAGAUCAAGGAGUUCAUUGGUGUUCAUAUGGAGAGGUUGAUAGAGAAGCAAGAUUUUUGGCUUGAGAAGUUGAUGAAGACUGUGGAAGACAAAGAAAAUCAAAGGAUGAUGAGAGAAGAGGAAUGGAAAAGGAUUGAAGCUGCAAGGAUCGAUAAGGAACGUUUGUUUUGGACCAAGGAGAGGGAGAGGAUGGAAGCUCGGGAUGUUGCGGUGAUCGAGGCCUUGCAGUACUUGACGGGAAAAGCAUUGAUAAGGCCGGAUUCUUCUUCCCCUAUUGAGAGGAUUAACGGAAGAGGAAGCGAUCAAAUGAUGGCUGAAAAUGAAUAUGCUGAUGAAGAAAAUAAGAGUAAGAUGGAGAAAAAACAAAUGAAUAAGAAAAGGAAGGAGAAAUGGUCAAACCACGGUGGGAAUCAUCCGAGAAUCAAAGAGACUAUGAUGGUAUACAACAAUCAAGAAACUAGAACUAACGAUUGUAGUGGAGAUGAUGAGCAAGGCCAUCAUGAAGGUUACUCACCUUCAAACUCCAAGGACGGAAACCCUAGCCGCAUCAUUGCCAUGGCGGCUAGUACAAAGUGCUUUCCAUUGCUUGAAGGAGAUGGAGAUCAAAACUUGUGGGAUGGUUAUGGUUUAAAGCUACGGAAAGAAGAUAAUCAUCAGUAAGCUGCAUUUUCCGUUCUCAAAAUGAAGAAUAAAAGAACUUAGAAAAU